UCCAAGGCGGAGAGGGCGGGAAGAAAGAGACUCCCUUCUGCAGCCCGGCCGAGGUAGAAGGUCUACAGCCUCUGAAGAUUAAAGAUAACUGGGUGCCUUUCAGCCACUACAAUGAAUCAGGUUGACAGUAACUACUAUGGCUCCCAGGGUACACCUACUGCCAUCCUCCUCUACUCCUUCCUGCAGAACUCCACUGACACCAAUUUUUUCCCAGAGCUUUGUGCUUUGAAAAAUCAAUUGUUGCCUUCCAGAACUCUAAGUGAUGAUGAGGAGCUUCAAACAGAUGGGAAUAGGUUUGGAAGACCCCCGUCUAGAGAGCCAGUGUCGGAUGAGGAAAUUUUCCAGAUUAUCGGAGCUCAGCUGGCUGAAAUCGGGGAUAAGCUGGCUGCUGAGAUGGAGCCAUCAAUCAUACACAGUCUGGCACGGCAAUUUAUGGCAGAGAAUAUGACCAAAGAGGAGAUGACUAGGCACAUGUCUCAAGCUGUGGAGGAACUUCUGAAAAGAAUGCCCUUAGACAUGGAGCAGGAGAAAGCCAUGUUAGUGAUAGCAAUGACUAUAGCAAAGAAAGUAGCUGAUAAAGUGCCUGCUCUUCUACAGCAAGUGUUCAACAUAACCAUGAACUACAUCAAUCACAACCUCCGUGAUUACGUGAACAACCUGGCACCUGAGAGCUGAACAAAGAGAGCAUGAUACAUCUACCAUCAAGUUUUUGGGUUUUUUUAAAUAAGAAAAUGAUUUUUAAGUGUCUUUUUACAGAGGACUUGGCAUUUUAAAGUGUUUUGCAAUUUUUGUCAGUAGAAAUCACCUGCAUUUUCCUGCUUAAUCUACUUUAAUGUGCCUUUUUUUUCUACCUGAAACACUUGAUCCUUUUUAACAUCCUUCUCAGGAGGAAAAUGGCAAAUCGACUCUUGUACUCAGGGUUGAAGUGUUGGGUCCUGCCAUUCCUUUGCAAUAAGCUGUAGAAGCUAAGAGCAGUCAACAUUCUAGCCUGCCUUUUACUAAUUUGGUCAGAACACUUCAGAUUAAUAAUGUGAACAUUGUGACUAAAUCCAACUGGAAAUACUUGAUUCUAAUACCAGCUUAAAUUGUACAGUGAAAUACUUCUGCAAGUUGCUGUCAUCCUUGGAUAAGGCAUUAAUGUUUGUGAAGUUCAGUAGGUCUGAAGAGCAGUAGUCUACACCUAUUGUUGGUGCUUCCAAGAUCACCACUUACUUGGAUCAAGUUCACCGUACUGAUUCAGUUGGAAGUUGACUUGAAAUGAAAGUUGUGUCCAGUUUUAGGUAAAUUGUCAUCAUUGGUUCAAGUGAUUUGUCUGUUGAUGGUUGUGAACUCUUAAAAACUAAAAAAAAUUGUUUACAUCUGGCUAAAUUUUUAAGUUUUAAAGGAGGGAGAGUGGAACCUCUCCUUCACAGGCCAAAUACAGGACUUCCAGACUUUCAAGCAAGCUUGCCAGACCCUGCUCCCUUUUUAAUAAUGCUUUGCCACAGCCUCUUUUUUUCCCUGCAAUCAGAUCUUUGGGGAAAGAAAAUAUAUGGAUGUUUUCGACUUUCUGCUAGUUGCAAACCUUACAUUUGGUCAGUGUCCAUCUAUAACUGUUUCUGGCCAGUAUUGGAAAAAACCAUUGCCUCUGCAUUAUGUGAACCCAUGUGUCCAAUUGCCAGGGAGUUUGCCCAAGAAAAAAAAUCUCUAGAGCAAAUGGAAAGAUUUUUUUUCAUUAUCUGUAUGCUGUAUUUAGUAAAGAAAUUCUUGUUCAAGUCGAA